AACAGCUUCAUCAUGGUCUUCAAGUUCGUCGCUUUCGCCGCUUUGGUCGCCGCCGCCAAUGCUGGUGUGAUUGCCAACACCUACGCCGCCGCCCCUUUGGCUUACGCCGCCCCUAUUGCUAAAGUAGCCGCUCCCUUGGCUUAUGCUGCCCCAGUUGCCAAGGCCGUAGUUGCUGAAGCCUACGACCCUCAUCCACAAUACAGCUACGGAUAUGGUGUUGAUGACCAUCUGACCGGUGACAGCAAGAGCCAAGUUGAAUCCCGUGACGGAGAUGUUGUCCAGGGCUCUUACUCCUUGACCGACUCUGAUGGUUUCCGUCGUACUGUUGACUACACCGCUGACCCAAUCCACGGUUUCAACGCUGUUGUCCGUCGUGAACCCCUUGCCGUUAAGGCUGUUGCACCAGUCGUCGCCAAGGUCGCUGCUCCAGUCGCCUAUGCCGCCCCAGUAGCUAAGGUCGCCGCUUACGCCGCCCCCAUUGCCCAUGCUGCUUAUGCUGCCCCCAUUGCCCACCACGCCUAUGCUGCCCCAGUAGCUCACGCUGCCUACGCCGCCCCAAUCGCUCACCACGCCUAUGCUGCUCCAGUUGCUCAUGCUUACGCCGCCCCAGUCGUCGCUAAAGUAGCUGCCCCAGUCGCCGCCUACUCCACCUAUGCUUCCCCAGCUGCCGUGUACCACCAUUAA